GAGGGCCCGUCACGUGGGCCUGACAGCUGGGGCGGGGGUGGCCGGUGACAAUGUGGUCCCCAGGCGGCCGGCGCCGGGAGCUGCGGCGCUGAGACCCCCGGCCCGUCCCACCCAGCCGGGCCCCUCGGGCUCCCGGCCCGGGCCCCGUCAUGUUCUCCAGGAAGAAACGGGAGCUCAUGAAAACCCCUUCUAUCUCCAAAAAGAACCGCGCGGGAAGCCCCAGCCCGCAGCCCUCAGGGCCCCACUUCAUUUCUGGGGAAACUGAGGCAGUGUCCAGGCUGGAUAAUCCCUUUAACGAGCUCCCCUCGGACCUGCCCAAGGAGCUGCCCAGGAAGGAUGGGGCUGAUACUGCGAUCCCUGGACCGAGCCUGGAGCCGCCUGCCGGGUCCUCUGGCGUCAAGGCCACGGGCACCCUCAAGCGGCCCACCAGCCUGAGCCGCCACGCCAGCGCAGCUGGCUUCCCGCUGUCUGGUGCCGCCUCCUGGACACUGGGCCGGAGCCACCGGAGCCCACUGACAGCUCCCAGCCCAGGCGAGCUGCCCUCUGAGGGCAUCGGCCCUGAUGCCGUGGAGGACAUCUCCCACCUGCUGGCGGAUGUGGCCCGCUUCGCCGAGGGCCUUGAGAAACUCAAGGAGUGUGUGUUGCGUGACGACCUCCUUGAGGCUCGCCGCCCACUGGCCCACGAGUGCCUGGGUGAGGCCCUGCGUGUCAUGCGUCAGGUCAUCUCCAAGUACCCACUGCUGAACACCGUGGAGACGCUCACAGCAGCCGGCACCCUCAUUGCCAAAGUCAAAGCCUUCCAUUACGAGUGUAACAAUGAUCUGGAGAAACAGGAGUUUGAGAAGGCCCUGGAGACGAUCGCGGUGGCCUUCAGCAGCACAGUGUCCGAGUUCCUCAUGGGUGAAGUGGACAGCAGCACCCUCCUCGCAGUGCCUCCCGGGGACUCGAGCCAGUCCAUGGAAAGCCUGUAUGGACCGGGGAGUGAGGGCACCCCUCCCGGCCUUGAGGAAUGCGACGCUGGCUGCCUGCCCGCUGAGGAAGUGGACGUGCUGCUGCAGCGCUGUGAGGGGGGCGUGGACGCCGCACUGCUGUAUGCUAAGAACAUGGCGAAGUACAUGAAGGACCUCAUCAGCUACCUGGAGAAGCGGACCACGCUGGAGAUGGAGUUUGCCAAGGGCCUGCAGAAGAUCGUUCACAACUGCAGACAGAGCGUCAUGCAGGAGCCGCACAUGCCGCUGCUGUCCAUCUACUCGCUGGCCCUGGAGCAGGACCUGGAGUUCGGCCAUGGCAUGGUGCAGGCCGUGGGCACCUUGCAGACCCAGACCUUCAUGCAGCCCCUGACCCUGCGGCGGCUUGAACAUGAGAAGCGCAGGAAGGAGAUCAAGGAGGCCUGGCACCGCGCCCAGAGGAAGCUGGUGAGGGAGGCAGGCGGGAGGGGGUCUUUGACUAACUGCUCUUCCUGCCAACCUGUGGGCCUCCCUCUGUGUGCACCCCCGACCCCACCCCAGGCGGAGGAAGCCAUGGCCACCUACCGCACCUGCGUGGCCGACGCGAAGACGCAGAAGCAGGAGCUGGAGGACACCAAGGUGACCGCGCUGCGGCAGAUCCAGGAGGUCAUCCGGCAGAGCGACCAGACCAUCAAGUCGGCCACCAUCUCCUACUAUCAGAUGAUGCACAUGCAGACGGCGCCGCUGCCCGUGCACUUCCAGAUGCUGUGUGAGAGCAGCAAGCUGUACGACCCGGGCCAGCAGUAUGCCUCGCACGUCCGCCAGCUGCAGCGGGACCAGGAGCCCGACGUCCACUAUGACUUUGAGCCGCACGUCUCCGCCAACGCCUGGUCCCCCAUCAUGCGUGCCCGGAAGAGCAGCUUCAACGUGGGUGAUGUGGCGGGGGCCGAGGCUGCCGGCAGCCCCCCAGAUGAAGGUGGCUCCAUUGAGGGCACACCUGCCAAAGACCACAGGGCCGGCCGAGGACACCAGGUACACAAGUCCUGGCCACUCGCCAUCUCAGACUCGGACGCCGGGCUGGACCCCGGCCCUGGCACAGGGGACUUUAAGAAGUUCGAGCGGACAUCAUCCAGUGGCACCAUGUCGUCCACAGAGGAGCUGGUGGACUCGGAGCGGGGACCCGGGGCUUCGGCCUUCGAGCAGGCUGACCUCAAUGGCAUGACCCCCGAGCUGCCGGUGGCCGUGCCCAGUGGGCCGUUCCGCCAUGACGGGCUGUCCAAGGCAGCCCGAACCCACCGGCUCCGGAAGCUCCGCACGCCCGCCAAGUGCCGUGAGUGUAACAGCUACGUCUACUUCCAGGGUGCGGAGUGUGAGGAGUGCUGCCUGGCCUGCCACAAGAAAUGCCUGGAGACACUGGCCAUACAGUGCGGGCACAAGAAGCUGCAGGGCCGCCUGCAGCUGUUCGGACAGGAAUUCAGCCAGGCGGCCCGCAGUGCCCCCGACGGCGUGCCCUUCAUCAUCAAGAAGUGCGUCUGCGAGAUCGAACGGCGGGCGCUGCGCACCAAGGGCAUCUACCGGGUCAAUGGGGUAAAGACGCGCGUGGAGAAGCUGUGCCAGGCCUUCGAGAACGGCAAGGAGCUGGUGGAGCUGUCGCAGGCUUCACCCCACGACAUCAGCAACGUCCUCAAGCUCUACCUGCGCCAGCUGCCGGAGCCGCUCAUCUCUUUCCGCUUCUACCACGAGCUCGUGGGGCUGGCCAAGGACAGCCUGAAGGCGGAGGCCGAGGCCAAGGCGGCGACCCGGGGCCGGCAGGAUGGCUCGGAGAGCGACGCAGCGGUGGUGGCCAUGGCAGGUCGGUUGCGGGAGCUCCUGCGGGACCUGCCGCCGGAUAACCGGGCCUCGCUGCAGUACCUGCUGCGGCACCUACGCAGGAUCGUGGAGGUGGAGCAGGAGAACAAGAUGACCCCCGGGAACCUGGGCAUCGUGUUCGGGCCCACACUGCUCCGGCCACGGCCCACUGAGGCCACCGUGUCCCUCUCUUCCCUGGUGGACUACCCCCACCAGGCCCGUGUCAUCGAGACCCUCAUCGUGCACUAUGGCCUGGUCUUCGAGGAUGAGUUGGAGGAGACCCCUGAGUGCCAGGACGAGCCAUCCAAUCAGCGGGCCGAGGUGGUCGUCCAGGUGCAGUAUCUGGAGGCAGGCGAGGGGAUGGUCUACCCCCUCCCAGAGGCAGCGGAAGAUGGGGCCGGAGAAUCCCGAGUUGUGUCCAACGACUCAGACUCGGACCUGGAGGAGGCCUCCGAGCUGCUGUCCUCAUCGGAGGCCAGUGCCCUGCGCCGCCUUAGCUUCCUGGAGCAGCACCAGCAGGAGGCCAGCCUGGAGGAGGCUUCUGGCAGCCACAGUGAUAGCGAAGAGCAGCUGGAGGCCGUGGCCAGGGAGGAUGGGAACGGGGACGACGGGGUCCCAGCUCUGCAGCUCUCGGGGUUCAACACCAACCAGUCCAACAACGCGCUGCAGGCCCCACUGCCUGCCAUGAGGCUCCGUGGUGGGCGGAUCGCACUGGGCUCCUGCAGGGAGAGGCGGCCAGAGUUCGUCUGAGCUGGGGUGGGGCCAGGACCACGGGUGGCUGCUGCUCCCACGUGCUCCCGUCCCUCCACCUCCAGUGUCCUGGCCCCAUGGCAUGGCUCAGCUGCGCCAUCCUGGGGGUGCUGCCGAGUGCGCCUGGACUUGGAUGUCGUGCCAUCAGGUGCCUGCUUCCAGGGGCAUGCGGUCUCGGGGCUGUGUGUGGAGUGGGCCCUGCACGCCUUUGCACCCAGGCAGGCCUGGCUCAGUAGAGCUGGGGGAUCACUGCUGUCCUGUGAAGUUGCCGUGGCCUUGGUGGUGCCCAUGGGGCUGUGUGGAUGAAGGACGGAGACCCUGCCCUCCUCACAGGUCUGUUGCAGGGACUGGGCAUCCAGAAGCCAUUCUGGGAGCCUUGGAUGGGGCAGAGGCUGGGGCUUGGAGAGGUGUCAAGGGUGUGUUACAGCAGGGUCUGAACACAGGCCCUGGACUCCCUUUUCCAGGAACCCAGGUCUGGCCACCUGGGGCUUAGGUACACUGGGGUCUCCGAGCGACUGGAGUUAACUCACGCACAUUUAUUUUGCUGGAAUAAAGUUUCUAAUCAGG